UUUGUGCGCGCCUAUCGUCAUCGCAAGGCAUUGUCGGUCCUCCUCCUCACCGUCGCUGCCGUCCUCGUCAUAAAUUAGCGAUCGUCGCGAUUAAAUCGAGAAACCGGAAGCGGAAGAGAACGAUACGAGAAAUCCCAUAGAUCCUCGAAGGAAACAAACUCGAAGGGAGAAGGUGCUUAAAAUCCAUCCUGUACCGCUUCAUAAAUUAUUACGCAAAAAUUACGCGCGCCUAACCAGCCACCCGGUGUGUAGUGCAGUGUGCGCGAGAGAGAGGGCCACAUAUAUAAUAAAUUGGUCGCGCGCGCGCGAACGCACUCCGGCGGGGAGCGAAGCGGGGACGUCCGCGCCGGGGGGGCUGGGGGCUGGCGGGGGAGCCGGGACCGGGCGGAGGAAGGAGAGUUCGGGAAAUAGCCGGCCAUAUUUCGCGCGAGUGCUUUACUCGCGUGCACGAAUACGUGUUUUGCCUCGCGUGUCGCCUCGUCUCUAUCUCUCUCUCUCUCUCUCUCUUUCUCUCUCUCGCUUUCUCUCUCAUCCCGCCUGUAUAGAGCAUCUUUAUCUCUCAACGCUCCGAUUUUUUCUCUCCCUCUCUCUCUCUUUCUCUCUCUUUAUCUACCUCGUGUCUGAUUUUUUGUCAUUACUCGGUAUAUAUCGCAAAGAGAGUAUAUAUCCUUCUUUACCGGUCUAUCUCGCGUUCUCGUCCUCCAUCUACAUUCGCGUAUCUAUUCAUCUAAUUCGAGCGAACGUCCGUCGAGAUUGAGAGAUAAAUCUUGAGCGGCUAUCUAUCGGGUGUCCCGUCUCUCUCGCGCGCUCUCCGCCUCUCUCUCUCUCUCUCCGCUGUCCUACUCCGCCGCCUCUUCCUCUCUCCCUUUCGCGCUGCUCUCGACUACACCACGGCACACUCGCUCUCGGUGCUAUGUCUACGUACUCUCGUACCCAGGAGAGCGACGCGUGGGCUCUUCUGGCACUGAAGUCGGCACCGGCCAGCCCGACGAAGAUGCAGUGGAAUCCGGAGUCGAAGGGCGCGCCGAUUGCGCGGCUCGAGGGCCGCGAGUUCGAGUACAUGGUUAGGCAACGGCGCAUCACGAUCGGCCGCAACAGCAGCAAGGGUGAGGUCGACGUCAACAUGGGCCACUCGAGCUUUAUCUCGCGGCGGCACCUCGAGAUCUACUACGAGCACCCGUUCUUCUACAUGGUCUGCAACGGCAAGAACGGCGUGUUCGUCGACGGGGUGUUCCAGCGCAAGAGCGCUCCUCCCUUUCAGCUACCAAAGACAUGUACAUUCAGAUUUCCGAGUACAACGAUAAGGCUGAUCUUUCAGUCGCUUAUAGACGAGCAGGAGCAAAGUAACAUUCGAGUGCCCUCUCCGCCAAAGCAAAGGGCACCUUUACCACCUCUGCGGAUAAACAUACCGGACGCCGGGUAUAGCAGUCCGUUCCCAUCACCUACGGGAACAAUCAGCGCCGCAAACUCAUGUCCGGCGAGUCCACGUGGCGGUCAGGGCAGGAGAAACGUCUCGGCGGAUCUGCAGAUGGUGGCAGUGUACGCUGCUGCUGUGGCGAACGAUCCGCAGAAUUCUACUUUGGACAGGCAUAACUUGGAGAGGCACGAGGGUGGACAGAGCUCCAGCAGACAGAUCAGUCCUGAGCCUGGUGCCGAGGCUCGUUAUCGAAGCGGAAAUAGUUCGGGACCGAAUGGUACUGCGCCACAUUACAGUCCACCAAAAGACGACUCGAAGCCGCCGUAUUCCUACGCGCAAUUGAUCGUUCAGGCGAUAGCGUCGGCGUUAGACAAGCAGCUCACAUUGUCGGGCAUCUAUUCCUACAUCACCAAGAACUAUCCGUACUAUAGGACUGCGGAUAAGGGUUGGCAGAACUCUAUUCGACACAAUCUAUCUUUAAAUCGUUAUUUCAUCAAGGUACCUAGAAGCCAGGAGGAGCCGGGUAAAGGUUCCUUCUGGAAGAUAGAUCCUCAAUCGGAGGCCAAGCUCAUCGAUCAGGCCUUCAGACGGAGACGACAGCGUGGCGUACCUUGCUUCCGUGCACCCUUUGGGACGUUAUCAUCGAGUAGGAGUGCGCCGGCCUCGCCGUCUCACGUAGGAAUUAGCGGCUUAAUGACGCCGGAAUGUCUAAGCAGAGAGGCUUCCCCAGGACCCGAGUCGUAUCCGGACAGUUCUGUUCCCUCUCCAGCUGGACAACUCGCGACGAGUCAAUCGGCGCCUGGCUCACCUGGACAUCCGUACACAUCGUCCCAGUCGACUCACAAGGGACGUCUGAUGCAAACAAUUGUAACAAAUGGUGUUAGCGGUGAUACUGGAAGAGAAGAAAAAUAUUUGGUGCCUGGACCAAACGUUGUAGAGGACCAUUCUUUAUCUCCGGCUGGCCAAUAUAGUCCGGCUCCUGUUAUUGUACAAACGACGUAUAAUUACAGUGGAAAUUUUAUCGGCCCCGAUGCUGGCGUCGGGGGGGUUAGCAAACGUGCCCACGAAGAGUCGGACAGCUCGCCGGGUUCACCGGCCCCGCUUGCGAUUGUCGAGAGUCCCGAGCCGCCCGAACAGCAACCAUCGCAAUCCAAACGCCAACGUAUUCAUGAAAUGGACGAUCAUUGAACUGAUACAUACACUUAGCAUCCUGUUAUGUAGAACAUUACAUUUACAUUGCAUUAUUUGUCUCUAUCGUCGAACACAUAUUGCAAACUUCAUAUUGUUUUAAUUGCAUAACCGCUUUAGACUGCACAUAAUCAAGAUUGAGCGUCAGUUCUAUUAUCUCGCGCGUUAAGCAACGCGAGAAACUGUUGUGUGUAUGAGUUUUUCGCAAAAGAAAUAUCGAUCUUUGAAAGAAAGAACGAGACGAGAGCGGAAGACACUUUUCCUGUCCUUCUAGAAUUCAUGUCUCAUCAUGAUUCUCUCAUCAACAGUCAAUGUAUAUAAGAUAUACAUAUACUUUAUUAAAUGCUUUCUCUUUAUGACUUGUUAACUUCGGCUGAAGAUAUAGUAUAUAUAUGUAUAUGGAGCUUAUUUGAUUGAAAAAGGUCAUCCAAAAUAGUAACAGCAGCUGAUAUUGCGCUGCUACAUCAAAUUGCAAUAAUGUGAUGCGGUAACGUGUGCCAUUCAGCGUUUAGCCGAUUUAUUAAAUAGAUAAAGAGAAAAAGGAAACGAGAAUGUUACCCACAAUGUAAUCCAAUCGAGUUAAAGCGCGAUACAUUUACAAUUAAAUUCGCUGAUCGACAUCCAUUUCAUACUCGCGUGAUUUUCGUUGCACUACCGCUUGCACCAACUUGGCGUCGUUAUCGCAAUUAAUGAAGAUUAAUAAUAAUAAUGCAAAAUGAUAUAGAAGAAGAGAGAAAUAGAUUAUUAUUACAAUUAUUACAACAGCGUUCUUAAUUUAUAAUAUGCUCAAUCGAAUGUCCAUCUGAAGCGAGCUAAUAAGGCACAGACUUUUCACAAGACUAAACGUAUAAAGAGAUACCUCUUUCAAAAAAAAAUUGCAUUGUAUUGUAUUUAAUAAUGAAAAAAUACUGAUAAAGGAUAAAUUCUUUAGGAAACGAUGAGCUUUUGACGAUGUAAUCUCUGCUCGAGAAAUUUCUUACCAGAGUCAGAGAAGAAACAAAAAAAUAGAGCCUUGUAAUAUUUUAUAUUUAAUCAAUGUAAGGACGCGGAUGUAGUGGAACUAAUUCCACCCGGUGAGCUACGCAUACACAUAUAUUACAUUUAAAAAAAUACAAAAAUUCCUAGGGAAUCUACAUGAACACAUACAUGUCGGGAGAUUUUUGAUUUCGCUCAAGAUUUCCUCGGAUUAUCUAUCGUCCCGAGUUCGCUCGAACGAGGUGAUUUUGCGUUUACAUCACGGGAUGGUUCACCCAAUCAAUUCUAUCAUCUAAAACAGUCUUCUUAUUUUUAACAUUAGAAGAGAAACUGUUUCAGAUAAAAAUUUAGGUGAGAGAAUCUUGUAAAAUAUGCGUACUGAAAAAGAGAAGCUAUUGUCACGAUGCCAAACUCUGGGAUUACACCGAGUUCUUUCUUUUUCUCGUGCAAUCGUAGUUAAUAUUUUGUAUUAUUACUCGUCAAUCUCCCUGUAGAAGAGGGUCGGCUGUUUAUAGAAAACAAUACGUAGCAUUAGGUUCACGGAAGCGGGGCGAGGAGAGCGGCAUUGGAUGCGAUUGCGUCAUGAAGAUGAUUGUGCGAUGGGGAGGUGUAAUAGAGUAAAAAAAAAAAUUUAUUUUUCUCGCACCUUUCGCGCGUGUAUGUGACGUUUAUCUGAAACGUUAUUUUUCUAUAGUUGAAAAUAUACGAGCACACACACACAUAACAUACAUACUCACACUCUGUCUCUCUCUUUUUCUCUCUCUACAAGGAGGUUUUUGAUGAUACUGGUAGAUGGACUAACACUGUUGUACAGUGUUGACACAUACGUAUCUCACAAAAGCAACGUAUGUCCAUUAUACAUAUACGUACACAUACAUGUGUAGACAUACAUACAGGGUGAGGAAAAAGUAUGGAAACAUUUGAAUUUUUCGAGAAUUAUGCAUUUUAGAAACAAAUGAUUCCGACAAAAGUUGUAAGGUUUCAAGUAAUGCAUUAUGUAGCAAUAUCAGUAUGACCUUGAACAGCACCGUCAAGGUCAUAUAAAAAUCAGUUCAAAUUUUUUAAAUGGAACCCCUUAUUUUUUAUUACACAUUCUUAUAGCUUGUUUCAAGAGCUUUCCAAAA